CGCGUUGGGUCUGAAAGGUCAGAGAUCACGACCUCGAGGAGAUAAGGAAAAGAUAGAUUAUAACUAAGUCGACUUAUACUGAGCAGUUUCUUCCAAAAUGAACAAGUUUAUUUUCUUCGCCUUUUUUGUGGGAAGCGUCACGUGCCAAGACGAUGGAUCAACGCUCUUACACAAUUUGUUCAAUCAGAUGGACCUUGAUUUAGACGGCUUCUUAUCCCUGUCUGAGGCACAGGCAGUUCUAACAACGAUGGAUGUGAACAAGGAUAUGAUGGUCACAGAGAGGGAAUUUUACGAGGGCCUGGUAACAGGGGCCCCCACACUGUGGAACUGUGCCAAGACAUUUUUCGCUGCACUGGAUGUUGACCACGUCCACCUUAUAAAAGAAAAACACAUCAGUACGAUAUUCAGUGACAUGGACAGGAACGCCAAUGGAGUUGUAAGUGAAGAAGAAUUCACAGCAUUCAUUAUUGAUUUGGAACAGAACUGUCGUGUGAACGGACACAUCAAUGGAGCUAAAAGAUUUGUACCUAAAGUAGACCAAAGGCGACGAUAGAUAUAUAUGCAUGCUUCCCAUUAAAAAAAUAUUUACACCAGUCGUUUCGUUACUAUAUAA